AUGCUGCUCCUAUGGGGAAAUACGACAGAUUUUAGCCAAAGUCGGACGGUUUAUUGGAGCAUCCAGGCCGAAUUAAGCAUCCACAAAUCUCAGCCGAGUGCGCUGCUUCAAGUUUACUGGCAGUCGUCUCGGUUUCACGUUGCAGCGGUCGAUGUGUACAGCCUCACCGUAACCACGGGCACAGCGCUGUCGCGACCGGGAACGAGGCCAGGCUGCAUGACUGCGAAGGAAGGAGCCACCGCACAACCAACUGUGCACCAAGAAGGUGUGUGCGCGCAACUCAAGCAAGUCUACGAGCGCUGCUUCGACGCCUGGCUCAAGAACGAUCUCCUCAAGGGGGUAAUGGAAGACAAGUGCCGCGAACAACUACUGGAAUACAGAGCCUGUCUCAAGGAGCAUUUUGCGAGCAUGGGUGAAAAGGAGAUCGUCAGCGCUAUCGAGCAGUAUGAGAGACGAUGA